AUGGCACGGCCGGUUAAGAGGCAAGCACAAGGAGUACAAGGAGCACAAGAUGAGAUUGAUGAGAAACACCUUUUGGCUUUCAUUGCGAAGGACAAAUAUGGAGAAGAUGCUGAAUGCAAAAAAAGGCUCAAGGAAUAUUGCGAUGAUUUGAAGAAAGUAGAUGCUGAAUUCAAAGUGAAUGAUAAAGUUAAAGAACUUUGUGGUGGUGGUGAUGAUACAAAACGAGACGAAAAAUGCAAAACCCUGAAAGGCGAAGUUAAAAAAGAAUUAGAAGAUUUUGAAAAUAAACUUGAUGCAUCGGUAGAUGACAUACAAGAUGAAUAUUGUGAAAAAUAUGAAGAAAAAUGUAUACUUUUAGAGGAAGCAGACCCAGCUAAUCUUAAGGAUAACUGUAUCGAGUUGAGGGAAGGAUGUUACAAAUUGAAGCGUGAAAAGGUGGCAGAGGAGCUUCUUUUGAGGGCGCUCGGAGGGGAUGCUAAAGAAGCUAAAUGUCAAGAAGAAAUGAAAAAGGUUUGCCCAAUGUUAAGCCGAGAAAGCGACGAAUUGAUGACUUUUUGCCUUGAUCCGAGUGGAACGUGUGGAGAGCUGAAAAAAAAAUUGAAGGAUCUUUGCGAGCCUUUAAAAGAAGAGCUUAAAGAUGGCGAAUUAGAGAAAAAGUGUCAUGAAAGACUUGAGAAAUGUCAUUUUUACGGAGAAGCGUGUGAUGGUGCGAAAUGCAAGGACUUUGAGGAGAAAUGCAAGGGAAAAGGAAUCACAUAUAAAGCGCCGGAAUCUGAUUUUAGUCCUGUCAAGCCGAAGGCGUCGUUGUUAAGAAGUAUUGGGUUGGAUGAUGUGUAUAAAAACGCGGAAAAACAUGGGAUUAUUAUUGGAAAAUCAGGAGUGGAUGUACCAAGGAAGUCAGGUACAAAAUUUCUGCAAGAUCUCUUGCUACUGUUGAGCAGAGAUGAGGAUAAGACGGAUGCAAAAAGUAAAUGCGAUAAAGCGUUAAAAAAAUGUGAAACUUCUAAGUAUUUGGAUACUGAUUUGAAAAAGUUAUGCGGUGAUAAUGAUAAACAAAAUAAAUGCGAAAAAAUGCUAGAUGUAAAAGAAAGAUGUACAAAACUCAAAUUAAAUCUUUAUCUGAAAGGAUUGUCUACAGGAUAUGAAGAUAAAAAAUCAGAUCUUUUAUCGUGGGUAAAGCUUCCAACCUUUUUUAUAAAAGGAGAGUGUGCAGAACUUGAGUCGGAAUGUUUCUAUUUAGAAAAGGCGUGUAAUAAUAAGAUUGAUGAAGCAUGUCAAAAUGCAAGAGCAGCGUGCUAUAAAAAGGGACAAGACAGGAUGUUGAAUAAGUUCUUUCAAAAGGAAUUGAGGGGAAAUCUUGGUCUUGUAAGAUAUCGUAGCGAUCCUGGUGAUUGUAAAAAAUAUGUAGUGGGAAACUGUACAAAACUUGAUAAAAAAUAUCUUCCACGAUGUCUUUAUCCUAAAGAAUUAUGUUAUGCGCUUUCAAAUGAUAUUUUUCUUCAAUCUAAAGAGUUAAGUUCGCUUUUAGAUGAUCAAAGGGAUUUUCCAUUAGAAAAGGAUUGUCUUGAGUUGAAGGAGAAGUGUGAUGAACUUAGUAGUGAUUCAUUAUUGAAUUUAGAAAAGUGUAUAACAUUGAAAAGACGCUGUGAAUAUUUUGACGUUACAGAAAGAUUUAGAAAAGUAUUUUUAGAAAAAAAGGAUGAUUCGUUAAUGAUUCAGGAAAACUGUACAAAGGCAUUGCAUGAGAAAUGUGAAGCGUUAUCUAGGAGGAGAAAGAAUUCAUUUAGUGUUUCAUGUGCUUUACCAGAAGAAACAUGUAGUUAUAUGGUAUUCCACACAAGUCAAGAUUGUAAAUAUUUAAAAGAAAACAUCAAGAAUGGAGGAAUUGUAGGAAAAAUUGAAAAAGCAAAUGGAAAUGAAACAGCACUUGAAGAACUCUGCACAACAUGGGGCCGACAUUGUCAUCAACUUGUGGAGAACUGUCCAGAUCAGUUGAAAAAAGAGAAUGGCAAUGGCAAUAAUCAUAACUGCGAUGUGCUCCAAGAAAAAUGCAAUAAAACCUUUGAAAAGUUGAAAGCGAAGGAUGAGCUGACUCACCUGUUGAAAGGAAGUUUAAAAGGUGAAGAUGAAUGUAAAAAAACAUUAGGAAAGGAUUGCACUAAGUUGCAAAAUAAUGAUACAUUCAAAAUUCUUCUUGGUGAAUGUAAACCUGAUACUACGGAAAAUGUUUGCAAAGAAUUAGUUGGUAAAGCAAAAGAGAGAUGUCUUACUUUAAAAGACGAACUGAAGAAAGCGAAAGAUGAGUUGACAGAGAUGAAGACUGAGUAUGAUAAGCUCAAAAAGGCGGCAGAAGAAUCUACAAAUAAAGCUAAGUUAUUGCUAUCAAAGUCUGGAAAAGCCGCAAUGCCAAGUGGACAGGAUAGCAAUGGCUCUGUACCAGCACCACCAGCAGAGCCAGCACCAGGGACACUACCACCACCACCACCAUCAACUGGUGGAACAUCAGGCACACCAGGCACACCAGGAGCACCAGGUGGAACACCAGGCACACCAGGUAGUGGAACGCCAAACUAUGCAAAACUUGGAUUCGUUAAAAGAGCAUAUGUAGAUGAAGGAGUAUCAGAAGUAGAGGUCAAAGCAUUUGAUGCAACGACAAUAGCAUUGGAGUUGUAUUUGGAAUUGAAAGAGGAAUGCAGCGCUUUACAACUAGAUUGCGGUUUUAAAGAGGAUUGUCCGGAAUCUAAAUCAGCUUGUGAAGAAAUAGAAAAGUUAUGUAAACUGGAAGCAUUAAAAGUUGCGCCUCAUCAUACAGAGACAAUAACAAAUAAGGUGACGGAAACACAGACGGAAACAAAGACCGUUGAGAAGGUCGAUGACAAGACCAAUGUGAAGACCGUUGAGAAGACUAUUACGGUAACCAAACCAGGAAGUGGAGGAAAAGUAACAGAAGAGUGUACAAUGAUACAGACGACAGAUACAUGGGUAACACGUACGUCAUUGCAUACGAGUACGAUAACGAGCACGUCAACGGUGACGUCGACAGUGACGUUGACGUCGAUGAGAAAGUGCAAGCCUACCAAAUGUACUACUGAUUCAAGCAAAGAGACAGAUAAAGGAGAAGGAAAAGAUGAAGAAGAAGUAAAACCAAAUGAUGGGAUGAAAAUAAGAGUUCCUGAUAUGAUUAAAAUAAUGUUGUUGGGAGUGAUUGUUAUGGGGAUGAUGUAA